CGGAAGUGCUGUCUCAUGCAUGGAGUGUCCAUUGAACACAGUACACACAUCAAGUCCAAGCGUUAGUUGCUUGUGUUGUGACAACACACGUCCCUGUUUUAGGUCUUAUGUCUUUACGUUUCUGAUUUUUUCCUGUUGAUGACCAUCCGUGAAAACAAGCCCUUUACUUAAGAAUAUCAGAUUGCCACGAGAAGCCCUAGGUCUUGUUAGAAGCAGAAGUUAUAAUGGCCAACGUACACCACGUAAGUAAUGACGCAGACUUUGCCAGUGAGCUGGCGAAUGCCGGGACCAAGUUGGUGGUAGCGGACUACUUUGCCACCUGGUGCGGUCCAUGCCGUGCGAUAGCGCCCGCGUUUGCAGACAUGAGCACGCGCUACCCCAAGGCCGUGUUUCUCAAGGUCGACGUGGAUCAGUGUCAGGAAACCGCACAGAGGGAAGGUGUCUCUGCCAUGCCGACCUUCAUUUUCUACCGGAACAAGGUCAAGGUUGACCUGAUGAGGGGCGCUGAUGCCUCUAUGCUGGAAGAGAAGAUCAAGAAAUGGUACUCAGAAGGGGAGGGGGAGGACGGGGACUCGCCUGUCAAAGGUCAUAUGGAGUUGACCUCUCUCAUCAACAAAGCGGAGAGCGAGUGUCUCAACGAGGCCGACGACCACACGCUAGAGCACGCCCUGGACCCAAAGGGAGGCUAUCUCGAGUCGGAUUGCGAUGAACAACUGAUGAUCAAUCUAGGCUUCAGCCAAGCUGUCAAGCUCCAUUCCUUGCAGAUGCAUUGCUCAAAAGAAAACGGCCCAAAGAACGUGAAGCUAUUCAUCAACCAGCCACACACACUGGACUUUGACUCAGCUGACUCGAUGGCGCCUUUACAGAUGUUGGAGUUGACCCCCGCUGACCUCCAGGAGGGAGCACUGGUUCCUCUCAAGUACGUCAAGCUGCAGAAUGUCUUGAGCCUCACGCUGUUUGUGAAGGACAACCAGACGGGUGCAGAGACGACGCAGAUCGACCACCUCAGCGUGAUUGGUUCACCGACCAGUACCACAAACAUGGCCGAAUUCAAGCGGGUGGCGGGCAAGAAAGGAGAGAGCCACUGAGGGGAACCGGGACUAGGAGUGUGUGUACCGUUGUGUGUCCGAUUGUGUGUACCGUUGUGUGUCUGAUUGUGUGUACUCUUGUACAGUGUGACUUUGAUCGCGUGUGUAUGUGCGAGAGUGCUUAUGUGCAUGUGUAUGUACAUGCACGUGUGUGUGUAGGCAUCCAGAUUUUUUUUUCCCGUGGGUGGCAGUCAGCUGUGAUGGGACCUUGCUGCGCGCUGCCCCGUGGAGAAAAGAGAAGAGAGAACAGAUUUAGAAAUGUGGCCAGUUUUCCACGUGGGUCGUACAGCUUUGAUUUCCUUCCCAUCAUACAUUUUCUUCUCUACAGUUCCACUUGGAGAACAUUUCCGGCGAAAGUUGGGGAUUGUCUUUUUCUUUUCUGUUUUUAGUUUCUGAUUGCCUGGGCGUUGAUUUUGUGUUGGAUGUAACUCUCGAAACAUGUGAGGGGGUGGUUGGAGGGUGUUUCUGGUAGGUUCAGCUUCUUUUCUUUCCCUCUGUUGUCUCUGUCUAUCUGUUUUGCUUUCUACGCCGACACUAAAUGAUUGUUACCUUGGCGAUAUGCUUCUCUUUUCUCUAACAAAUUCUUUUGGCUUAAGCUUCAGAAUCUUCGAUAAGAUCAUCAAAAAA